AUGUACUUUCAUCAUACGCCCGUCGUCCUCCAACCUCCACUGUCAGCGAUGUCCUCGUACUUCUCUGGUACAAGCACAGGGAGCAGCAGUUCCUAUACACAGUCGCUGAGCGCCGAUUCAGAUUCAUGGUCUCGUCCGAGUUCUAUAUUUCCCCGGCAGCCACCGAUAUACACAACCUCUGGUGAAGCUCCGGUGAUCUAUCAACCAAGUACGCAACCAUUUACACCUGCGCCACGACUUGACCCUGGUCCCAUUAGCACCCAAAUUGCUUCAUCAAGGCCGCCAAAAGAUUUCGGGUUUUCCAUCCCUCAUGGAGCUAUCUCGACCGCUCCGCACUCACCUGCGGCUAUUACUCUAUCCCCAAGAGGCCCGUUAUCACAUUCCACGCCAGUAUAUCGGGAGUUGAGCCACCCUGCUAGGCUCCCAGUGGAUGCUCUCAGGCCGGACUACGACUAUGGGAAACCACCGGAGAAUGCGGAAUACCUCAUCGAAAGAAAAGGGCGCCGUACCACGGAUAAAUACAAAGGGACUGCUCGGCAUCACUCGCAGAGACGCCCUUCAAACCGAGACGAGUUUGACGGACCACAUCAGUUUCUUGACCCACCAUCGCCGCGGGUGAUUGAGGCUCAAGCGCGGGAUCUACCCCAUCUUCCUACUAAUCUUGAUGUCUCAGAACAAGAUCGUAUAUUGGCCUCGGUGAACGAUCGUCUAUCGCAAUGCGCAUUUGAUUUCGUCGCCAAGUACCAAUUCCCAAUUCCCCUGGAGUCAGACAAAAGACAGGUGAGGGUCCCCUCGGACCGUGAAUGGACUGAGUGGGUAUACCUUCUCAGAAGACUAGCAACGAAGCGGCGUAUACCCGCCAGGGUAUUGUAUAACGGCCAGAUCAAACAACUAGUUACGGUGCUGGAGAAUUCUCAGGAAAUGAGACAUGCUGCCAAGCAUCAAUCGCGACCUAUCAAGGAUGACCGAAAUGUCCUCCAACUCAUCUCUGCCGGAAUUCAAGUGGCUAGGAUCCUAAGGGAUGCCAGUGCCAUGGAUUAUCUUGAUCGUCUUUACCAAGACACGGAAAAAAGAAUUCAAGAACGGAGUAGCCGCCGGGUCAAGUUUGCCACUCCUUGA